AUGACGCGCAGAGGUCGAAGGGCCCCCGCCGUGGUCCCCGGAUCAGGGGCCCCCGCCCUGGUCCCCGCAUCAGGGGCCCCCGCCUGGUCCCCGGAUCAGGGGCCCCCGCCGUGGUCCCCGGAUCAGGGGCCCCCGCCGGCCCCCACCCACUGCUGCAUGAGCGGCUGCCACAACUGUGUGUGGAUCGAACAUGCGGAGCAGCUGCUGGCGUUCUACCAGGACGGGGGAGACCGAGCGCUCGCCGCCAUCGAGGAGAACGUCCUGGAUGAGAAUCUUAAAGCCUACCUGAAGAUGGAGAUCAGACUCCGAAGGAAGACGUGAAGGAUUCGUGGCAGUAGAACGUCACACGUUCACCAGUCGUUGUUCCUCCUUCUCUUUAGACCUUUGCUGCUGUGGUUCACACUGUGUUAACAUGUGGAGAGUAUUUUAGGAAGCUGAUGCGAGCUGCCAGAUGUGGCGCAUAGAUACGCUGCUGUUUGGCCUUGUAGACCUUCAUGUUCAUCCCUCACUGGUUAUGGAUCAGGACCUUUUUAAAAAGAGACGCCACAACUGGUCCUUCUUAAUGGUUUUAAAUCAGACAAGCUGACGAUAAACACAGAUGUUGUGUUUUAUCCCUUUUAUCUCUUUUUAUCUCUUCACCUGUGACAGUGAGGGACUGAACCUUUUUAAAUAUGCCAAUCCAGUCUGAAACCUGGAACCCAGACAUUUAACCCGCUCUCCCUGGAGUUAAAUGUCUCCUAAACAGAGAGUCAGUACCUACAGUUUAAACCAACCAAUUAAACCAGGGUCUGAGUCCUUCAGGUACCUGGACACUGACCUGGACACCUGCCUCUCUCUCCCAGCGUGCAAACAUUUAAAAAACAAAAAAACUCAGCAUCCAUCCAUCCCAGUUACACAUAUGUGGUGCAACAGGUGUUUGUUUUAUGAAUAAUAUAUAUCACGUCCAGGACCAGAUUCAUUCAUUCAUUCAUUCAUUCAUCACUUUUCUUUACUGCACAUUUGCACAUUUGAAGUUUGAACUGAAAACGCACAAUUUAUUCGCCUGUCAGAUCCGUUUCUGUAUUUAAGAGUUUAUUUAAAUAAUGUGCUUGAAAUGUUUAAAUAAAUGCUCUUUCUGUUCAGUUUAAAUCA